AUGGCAGCUACUCAAUUUGAUUGUCAAUACUGCACAACAUCACUUCUUGGGAAGAAGUAUGUAUUAAAGGACGACAAUAUAUACUGUGUUUCAUGUUAUGAUCGUAUCUUUUCUAAUUACUGUGAAGAGUGCAAAGAACCUAUUGAAUCAGAUUCCAAGGAUCUUUGUUACAAAGGCCGGCACUGGCAUGGAGGAUGCUUCAAGUGUGCCAAAUGCAAUCACUCUUUGGUGGAAAAGCCUUUUGCUGCCAAAGAUGAGCGCCUGCUGUGCACAGAGUGCUAUUCUAAUGAGUGCUCCUCCAAGUGCUUCCACUGCAAGAAGACUAUCAUGCCUGGUAAGAUCGUGAUAACUUCAGGUGGAAUAAUGUUUCGUGACCAGCCAUGGCAUAAAGAGUGCUUUCUGUGUAGUGGCUGUAGGAAAGAGCUCUGUGAAGAAGAAUUUAUGUCCAGAGAUGACCACCCAUUCUGCUUGGAUUGCUACAAUCAUCUUUAUGCCAAAAAGUGUGCAGCCUGCAGCAAACCCAUCACUGGUCUCAGAGGUGCCAAGUUUAUCUGCUUUCAAGACCGCCAGUGGCACAGUGAAUGCUUUAACUGUGGAAGGUGUUCUGUCUCCUUGGUGGGUGAAGGCUUCCUGACCCAGAACGAGGACAUCUUCUGUCACAAAUGUGGCUCUGGGGUGGACAGUGACAUCUAG